UCUCUCCUGGCUCUGCUGGUCUCCUGCCUUCUUUCUGUCCUUUUUUGCUCGCACUGUUACGCUUUCUCUGUCCCCCCUGGCUUUGUUAUUCAGCAUGUCUGAUUAGCAGGAGCCUGAUUGGCUGGCUGCCUGCUCCGAGAGAGAUUCCAUUCAGCUUACCCCCCACCCAUCCACCCACCCACCCCUCGGUCAGGAAAUGUGAGCGGGGCUGAUGGAAGCUGAUAGGCAGGACUGGAGUGUUAGCACCAGUACUGGAUGUGACAGCAGGCAGACGAGCACUUAGCAGCUUAUUCAGUGUCCGAUUCGGAUUCCGGCAAGGAUCCAAGCAUGGAAUGCUGCCGUCGGGCAACUCCUGGCACACUGCUCCUCUUUCUGGCUUUCCUGCUCCUGAGCUCCAGGACAGCACGCUCCGAGGAGGACAGGGACGGCCUGUGGGAUGCCUGGGGCCCGUGGAGCGAGUGCUCACGAACGUGUGGAGGAGGGGCCUCCUACUCCCUGAGACGCUGCCUCAGCAGCCAGAGCUGUGAAGGGAGAAACAUUCGCUAUAGAACAUGCAGUAAUGUGGACUGCCCACCAGAAGCAGGUGAUUUCCGGGCUCAGCAAUGCUCUGCUCAUAACGAUGUCAAGCACCAUGGUCAGUUUUAUGAAUGGCUUCCUGUGUCUAAUGACCCUGACAAUCCCUGUUCACUCAAGUGCCAAGCCAAAGGAACAACCUUGGUUGUUGAACUAGCACCCAAGGUCUUAGAUGGAACUCGUUGCUACACAGAAUCUUUGGAUAUGUGCAUUAGUGGUUUAUGCCAAAUUGUUGGCUGCGACCACCAGCUGGGAAGCACCGCCAAGGAAGAUAACUGUGGGGUCUGCAACGGAGAUGGGUCCACCUGCCGGCUGGUCCGAGGGCAGUAUAAAUCCCAGCUCUCCGCAACCAAAUUGGAUGAUACUGUGGUUGCUAUUCCCUAUGGAAGUAGACAUAUUCGCCUUGUCUUAAAAGGACCUGAUCACUUGUAUCUGGAAACCAAAACCCUCCAGGGAGCUAAAGGUGAAAACAGUCUCAGCUCUGCAGGCACAUUUCUUGUGGACAAUUCUAGUGUGGACUUCCAGAAAUUACCAGACAAGGAGAUACUGAGAAUGGCUGGACCACUCACAGCAGAUUUCAUUGUCAAGAUCCGUAAUUUGGGACCCACUGACAGUACCGUCCAGUUCAUCUUCUAUCAGCCCAUCAUCCACCGAUGGAGGGAGACGGAUUUCUUUCCUUGCUCAGCAACCUGUGGAGGAGGUUACCAGCUGACAUCGGCAGAGUGUUACGAUCUUCGGAGCAACCGCGUUGUUGCUGACCAGUACUGUCACUAUUACCCAGAAAACAUCAAACCCAAGCCCAAGCUUCAGGAGUGCAACUUGGAUCCUUGUCCAGCCAGUGACGGAUACAAGCAGAUCAUGCCUUAUGACCUCUACCACCCCCUUCCUCGGUGGGAGGCCACCCCGUGGACCGCGUGCUCCUCCUCGUGUGGGGGGGGCAUCCAGAGCCGGGCAGUUUCCUGUGUGGAGGAGGACAUCCAGGGGCAUGUCACUUCAGUGGAAGAGUGGAAAUGCAUGUACACCCCUAAGAUGCCCAUCGCGCAGCCCUGCAACAUUUUUGACUGCCCUAAAUGGCUGGCACAGGAGUGGUCUCCGUGCACGGUGACGUGUGGCCAGGGCCUCAGGUACCGUGUGGUCCUCUGCAUUGACCAUCGAGGAAUGCACACAGGAGGCUGUAGCCCCAAAACAAAGCCCCACAUUAAAGAGGAAUGCAUCAUACCCACUCCCUGCUAUAAACCCAAAGAGAAACUUCCGGUCGAGGCUAAGCUGCCGUGGUACAAACAAGCUCAAGAGCUAGAAGAAGGAGCUGCCGUGUCAGAAGAGCCCUCAUUCAUCCCAGAUGCCUGGUCGGCCUGCACUGUCACCUGUGGCGUGGGGACCCAGGUGCGAAUAGUCAGGUGCCAGGUGCUCCUGUCUUUCUCCCAGUCCGUGGCUGACCUGCCUGUUGACGAGUGUGAAGGGCCCAAGCCGGCAUCCCAGCGUGCCUGUUAUGCGGGACCCUGCCACGGGGAAAUUCCUGAAUUCAGCCCAGACGGGACAGAUGGGCUCUUCGGCGGCCUGCAGGACUUCGAUGAGCUGUAUGACUGGGAAUAUGAGGGGUUCACCAAGUGUUCCGAGUCCUGUGGAGGAGGUGUCCAGGAGGCUGUGGUAAGCUGCCUGAACAAACAGUCUCGAGAGCCUGCCGAUGAGAACCUGUGCGUGACCAACCGCCGGCCCCCACAGCUCCUGAAAUCCUGCAAUUUGGAUCCUUGCCCAGCAAGGUGGGAAAUUGGCAAGUGGAGUCCAUGUAGUCUCACCUGUGGCGUUGGCCUACAGACCAGAGAUGUCUUCUGCUCCCACCUACUUUCCAGAGAGAUGAAUGAGACGGUCAUCCUGGCUGAUGAGCUGUGUCACCAGCCCAAGCCCAGCACAGUGCAAGCUUGUAACCGCUUCAAUUGCCCGCCAGCCUGGUACCCUGCACAAUGGCAGCUGUGUUCCAGGACCUGCGGUGGGGGUGUCCAGAAACGUGAGGUUCUCUGCAAGCAGCGCAUGGCUGACGGCAGCUUUCUGGAGCUUCCCGAGACCUUCUGCUCAGCCUCGAAACCGGCCUCUCAGCAAGCCUGCAAGAAAGAUGACUGCCCCAGCGAGUGGCUUCUCUCGGAGUGGACAGAGUGUUCCACGAGCUGCGGCGAGGGCACCCAGACGCGGAGCGCUAUUUGCCGGAAGGUGCUGAAGACAGGAAUCUCGACUGUCGUCAAUUCCACCCUGUGCCCGCCCCUGCCUUUCUCUUCUUCCAUCAGGCCCUGCAUGCUGGCAACCUGCGCACGGCCCGGGCGGCCGUCCACCAAGCACAGCCCCCACAUCGCGGCCGCGCGCAAGGUCUACAUCCAGACCCGCAGGCAGAGGAAGCUGCACUUCGUGGUGGGGGGGUCCGCCUACCUGCUCCCCAAGACGGCGGUGGUGCUGCGCUGCCCCGCGCGCAGGUUCCGCAAGCAGCUCAUCACCUGGGAGAAGGACGGCCGGCACCUGGCCAGCUCCGCCCACGUCACCGUGGCCCCCUUCGGCUACCUGAAGAUCCACCGCCUCCAGCCCUCGGACGCCGGCGUCUACACCUGCUCGGCGGGGCCCGCGCGCGAGCAGUUCGUCAUCAAGCUCCUCGCGGGCGGCCGCAAGCUGGGGGCGCGGCCCUUGAGCCCCAGGAGCGGCGAGGAGGCCCCCGCGCAGGACUCCGCCGAGCGGAACGCGUCCUCCGAGGAGGACCGCGCCGCCGAGCAGGCCCUCCUGCACCUGCCCUUCGCCCUGGUGGCCGAGCAGAGGCGCCUCGACGACAUCCUCCGGAACCUGUCGCAGCAGCCCGAGGAGCUGCGCGACCUGCACAGCAAGCACCUGGUGGCGCAGCUGGCCCAGGAGAUCUUCCGCCGCCCCGCGGAGCGCCCGGACGCGCUCCCCAAGGCCUCCGCGCGAGGGGCCCCCGCGGCCGCCCCCCCGCCCAAGCACGUGUCCGGCUUCAGCGGCGCCCUGCGGACCCCCCCCUCCUCCGCCGGGGAGGCCGGGCCCGGCUCCCGCAGGCCGCAGCGCAAGCCCUCCAUCCUGCGCAAGAUCUCCGCGGCCCAGCAGCUCUCGGCCUCGGAGGUGGUCACUCACCUUGGGCAGACGGUGGCCCUGGCCAGCGGGACGCUGAGUGUGCUGCUGCACUGCGAGGCCGUCGGCCACCCCAGGCCUACCAUCAGCUGGGCCAGGAACGGAGAAGAGGUUCAGUUCGGUGACAGGAUUCUUCUACAGCCAGAUGACUCCUUACAGAUCUUGGCACCGGUGGAAGCUGAUGUGGGUUUCUACACUUGCAAUGCCACCAACAUCUUGGGAUAUGACUCUGUCUCCAUUGCCGUCACUUUAGCAGGAAAGCCACUAGUAAAAACGUCAAGAAUGACUGUGGUCAACACAGAGAAGCCUGACAUCACGGUCGAUAUAGGAAGUACCAUCAAAACGGUGCAAGGAGUGAAUGUGACAAUUAACUGCCAAGUUGCAGGUGUCCCUGAAGCUGAAGUCACUUGGUUCAGGAAUAAAAGCAAACUGGGCUUCCCUUACCCUCUGCACGAGGGCUCUUUGCUGCUCACCAAUGUGUCAUCUUCAGAUCAGGGACUGUACUCCUGCAGAGCGGCCAAUGUCCGUGGAGAGCUGACUGAGAGCACCCAGCUACUGAUCCUAGAUCCUCCCCAAGUUCCCACACAGUUGGAAGACAUCAGGGCCUUGCUCUCGGCCACUGGACCGAACCUUCCUUCAGUGCUGACCUCUCCUCUGGGAACACAGCUGGUCCUGGAUCCUGGGAAUUCCGCUCUCCUUGGCUGCCCCAUUAAAGGCCACCCUGUCCCCAACAUCACCUGGUUUCAUGGCGGCCAGCCAGUUGCCUCCGUCACAGGACUGACGCAUCACAUCUUGGCAGCUGGGCAGAUUCUUCAUGUUGCAAACCUCAGUGGUGGGUCUCAAGGGGAAUUCAGCUGCCUUGCUCAGAAUGAGGCAGGGAUGCUCAUGCAGAAGGCAACCGUAGUGAUCCAAGAUUACUGGUGGUCUGUGGACAGACUGGCCACCUGCUCGGCCUCCUGUGGCAACCGGGGGGUCCAGCAGCCCCGCCUGAGGUGUCUGCUAAACAGCACGGAGGUCAGCCCCGCCCACUGCGCAGGGAAGGCUCGCCCUGCCGUCCAGCCCAUCGCCUGCAACCGGAGAGACUGCCCUUCCCGGUGGAUGGUGACCUCUUGGUCUGCCUGUACUCGGAGCUGCGGGGGAGGCGUCCAGACCCGCCGGGUGACCUGUCAAAAGCUGAAAGCCUCUGGUAUCUCUACCCCUGUGUCCAAUGACAUGUGCACCCAGCUUGCCAAGCGGCCUGUGGACACCCAGGCCUGUAACCAGCAGCUGUGUGUGGAGUGGGCCUUCUCCAGCUGGGGCCAGUGCAAUGGGCCUUGCAUCGGGCCUCACCUGGCUGUGCAACACAGACAAGUCUUCUGCCAGACACGGGAUGGCAUCACUUUACCAUCAGAGCAGUGCAGUGCCCUACCGAGGCCCGUGAGCACCCAGAACUGCUGGACAGAGGCCUGCAGUGUCCACUGGAGGGUCAGCCUGUGGACCCUGUGCACAGCCACCUGUGGCAACUACGGCUUCCAGUCCCGGCGUGUGGAGUGUGUGCACGUCCGCACCAACAAGGCCGUGCCUGAGCACCUGUGCUCCUGGGGGCCGCGGCCCGCCAACUGGCAGCGCUGCAACAUCACCCCGUGUGAAAACAUGGAGUGCCGAGAUACCACCAGGUACUGCGAGAAGGUGAAGCAGCUAAAACUCUGUCAGCUCAGCCAGUUCAAAUCUCGCUGCUGCGGAACUUGUGGCAAAGCGUGAAGACAGGGCAUGGGGAAGAGCUCUACCCUGGCCACAUGGAGGACUCACGCAACCGCCUUGGACAGAACCGAAGCUUUCUUCGUUUUAUUUAUUUAUUUCCCCCUCCCCACCCCUCACACACCUCCUCCCCUCUCCUCCACCUCCACCCUCAGGCCUGAGGACCUGAGCAUGGUUUUUCUUUCAGUUAGCUGGAGGACAGAACGCUGGGAAAGGACAGGACCGAUGUCUAAAGGAACUUGCAGAGCUGGCCAGGCAGACGGCAGGGGCUCCCUUGCAGGGCUGGCUCCCUCCCAAACCCGGCGUCUCAAAGAGACCUAGGAAGAGGCAGGCACCGCCCCCAGGGACAGCAGGGAGCCCAGAGGGUCUGUAGUGGAUGGGUACAAACAUGAGACGCCUGUGUCUUUCCUAGA